AUGGUUUCUAAGUAUGAGCUUUCGUUUCAUAUACUGUCGCCUUUAUAUCUCUACGUGUUUUUCGCGUCGAAAUUAUCAUUAAAUAUCUUUUCGUAAUGCGUUUAUAGGCAAUACGAGUAUAAUGAGUUAACACAGAGAAAUAUAACCUCUUCGCAUAGUCAACCGAGCACUUUGCAAAUAUAUAGAUAAAUCAAAAUGAGCGCCAUCUUCGUUAUUCGUUAAAUGUCACACGUUCAAUAGUUAAAAUAAUAAUAACUUACAAUUGUGUUGGUUUUUUUGCGAAAAAGUACAAUUGAAAAAUAAAAGAAAGAAAACUAAGAUAUAUGUUACACAUUUUAUGCAUGGAAACAGGUUCCACAUCAUUAAGAUGACGUAUCAAUAUGUCGUAUGCGAUUAUAACGAUAAUUGACAAGUUUGAAUUUCGAUGAGUGCAGUGACUACAUUUUAGAACGAUCAUAUCAAUGUAUGUCAUAUAAUUCUUAUAUAAUUUAAUAUCAUAUAAUUCUCAUAUAAUUUAAUAUCAUAUAAUUUUAGUUUAAAAUAAAAUCAUUAUAAAAUAGAGAAGACUCCGUUAACACGUUGUUACAUUUAUGUUUGUCUUGAAUGAUUAUUUUCAGAGUAAAACAUUGUCUAUGUCAGGACUUCUUAUUAUUCUCUACCGCUAUAAUGAAUCGUCAUCAUAAACUCUUACAAACCGAAGAAUUGUAUUCUGAGUCCGUAGACAUGAUAAAAUCCGCUAUCAAAGGAUUACAAAGGCAAAUUAAGCCGAUACAAAAAUUUAUCGGUGAUCGCAAAAGAGAUAUAACUGAAUUUGGCAGAACGGAGAAGACCGACAAUUCUAAUUCUUUGGAAUCCACACGACUGUUCUACGAGUACAUUUUGGAGGAACUUAUAAAUAUUGAGCGAACGUGUGAGGAAUAUUUCGUGCGUUUGAACAUCGAUUUAUUAACAGCAACGAAAGAUCGUACGCAGCCACCAUCUUACUUACUUCCGGAGGAGAUGAGAAAAGCUUAUCGUACAUGUUGCGACGCGUUCGACGAAGCAGAGAAGGACCAGGUAUCCUGCCACUGUUUUUGGGAGAAUAAACUCGAAUGGGAUCUCGAUGAUACUCAGGAUAUCUUGGCUAAACCAAGAAUAAUCGCGCGAACCGAGUUCGACGAGCAUGACUUGAAUUUCAUACAAGAAAUCCUUUAUCUUAGAUCGCGUAUGUCCUCCUUACCGAGGAAACGGAUCAACGUUAAAAGCGGUCACGACAUCAUUCAUGACACUGUCAACGGCAAAUAUCGAGCAAGUAUUCGAUUAUCGUUGAAGACCACGGAUUUCCUUCAAUUUCUUCAGCAGAGGGAAGCUCCCCGAGUUUUUUCGUACAGCGAUGAAUUAUUGAAAUUAAAAAGCUUGAAAUUCGUUGACGGAAAGUUCAAGACUAACGACACUUGGAUAAAGAUUUUAGACGUUCAUGGGAACCUUAACGAGUCGAGGUGGCAUUUAGUGCUCUGCCCUCAGAUUGAGAAAAUCUUAACUAAACACGCGGUACCGGUACUGCGCUUGAAUCCGCUUGCCACUUUCAACUUUUUAUCGGGUAUUACGAAUUUUACGGGUUUCGUACUGUCGAGGGCAGAUAUAAUUCCUCUGUUGAAAUAUAAAAAUGAUGCCACUUGGUUGACCAGCUGGAAAUUUCAGUUCAAGAUGAUAGAUGGGAAGCACAUAGCUGCGACAGUGAUACAAGCUUUCUGGCGUGGUUAUUGGCUACGAAAAAAGAAAUGGCACUUGAAUCGUCUUUACAUAGCUGCGAGUCUCAUGUGGUUCUUUUGGUUAUCGGUAAGGGCAAGAAAGGAAAUGCACCGGCGUUACCUCAAGAAAAUGCUCGUCUCUUUGCAAGCUACUCGAGACCUUGCACUGAAGUUAAGCAACGAGUACGACUCUAUAAUUGAACAGCCUCAUGUGAUCUUGCAUUUACCAUCCAUCGGUCUUUUUCCGGAAUUACGUCGAAUGUUCAAUCCGAAGAUAUUCGCGAUUUACCAAAACAUCACAAUCUUUCGAAUCUGUUCGGUGCGCAAUCCAAAAGCUGAGGUAGUUUACAUUCUGCCUGUAAAGCCUACUCAAGAUUUACUACUGAUGUACAGCGACUUUAUCGAAUCGAUAUCACCCGACGAAGACGUGGCGAAACGGAUUAGCUUCAUCGCACUUUCACAAGCGGAUACUUUCAAUAAACUGUCUUUAAACGUUUCGAGGAUCCUUCACUGUUCUCAAGAAUCGCUCAAUGAAAUUGAGAAGAAAAUCACUGGCAAGUCUGCUUAUUUUUUGCCAUACAUUGUCGACGAAUGUGACAUGAGGUUGGCUGGAAGUUUCAAUAUUCCUCUGUUGAGCAUCGACAUGGAAUUGCAACAAAAAUUUCUAAACGCUUCAAACAUAGCUGAAAUGAUAGACAACCUUGGCCUUUUACAGCCACCGCAUGAGAAGAACAUAACAGACUAUGAAACUCUUUGCAUGUCUCUGUCUGAGUUGCUGGUGCUUCAUACUGAGAUUAGUAUGUGGCUUAUUAAAUUGAACCAUGGUACCGCUAGAAAGCACAGUGCAAUUUUUCUGAUUAAUCAUAUUAGCAUGCCAUUUAUGCCGAUGCUGAGGCGUGAACGAGAGAAACACGGUGAUUAUUGGAUGGAGCAACCAAGUUUGAGAAAGGAAUUCCUUCAGAAAGUAAAGGACCAUCUACCAAAAGUCAUACCCAACGUGAUUCGGUUGUCGAAGAUGUAUAAUACUUGGGAGAUGUUCUAUGCUCAUCUGCAGAAAUUCGGAUGUUUGCUGCAGGCUAUUCCGGCGGAAAAGAAUCCCAAGACGAUUGUGCUUAAAUUUAUAUUUGUGAUAUUGAAACAUAUUUCAAUAACAGAAGCCGCGUAUUCGACAACCAUUUACAUGUUACCUCAAACCUCAUUGGAUAUUACCAAGAUACAACCAACAGUGAAUAAAUUUGCCAGAAAAAUACAAGAUGCAGGAUUUUUCGGUUACUUAAGCAUUGAAUGCUAUUGUUAUUUUCAUGAGCAAGAGGAGAAACUGGUAGUAUUGUUACUGAACAUAUUUCCUUAUUAUUCGUAUGCCCAAAGUUACAUUGAUUGGAUGAAAUUCGCGAUCGGAGGAGAUUAUGAUGUCGAGAGUGACCACUUCAUUGCCGAUAUUUCAAUAGACCCACACCUGGAAAGAAGAAGAUCAUCUUUCUUGUUUAUAGAACGGACACCUGAAUGGAAUGAAACUGUGAAAAGAUAUGCGGUCACAAUUACUCAAUUACAUCACAGUAAAUUUCCAACAUAUCGGUGGCCAGAACUUAAAAAUUUAUUCGAGGAGUGUGACAUCGCAUAUGAUAGGAAAAAACGACAAGGAUCUAGUAUAAUAUUACACGAUGGUGAAAUUCGAAAUUUCGGCAAAAUGGUUGCUGUUAGUUCUGCUAUGAUCACUACGUUAAAAAUGAUACGUGACAAUUUGACGAAAUUGCAUGAAACUCUGCUGAAGAGAUCGAGAGUAAAGUCAGAAACGAAUUUACCAACUCUCAUUGAUUUCUUUUCGAAACUCUCUCUUGAUUAUAAGAAUGUAGUUACUGAUAAUUGCGUGGCUGCAACUUCAACGCAUCCCAUGGAUUCAACUAAGGUACGAAUGCAAAUCUUAAGAACUACCUUGAAAGAGACAAUAUGCAACACUUUUAGAGAAUAUGGAAUACGUGGAUUUUAUAUCGGUUGGACUGCAGCAAUAACACGACAAUUAACAUAUACUACGGCAAGACUUGGAAUAUAUAAUACGUUAUAUGAUUUGGGCACGAUAUAUUUCGGCCGUUUAAAUUAUCCUACAAUGGUCUGCAUCGGAAUGUGCUCUGGUAUUUGUGGUGCAUUUCUUGGAACGCCGGCCGAUUUGGUUUUAGUUCGUAUGAUAGGUGAUAUACGCUUACCACCUGGUGAGACGAAUAUUUUUAGAAAAGCGACGAAAUUACAGAAAUGUCAUUCACGGACUGAUGGACAUUGGAAGAACAGAAGGUAUUCGGGGAUUAUGGAGAGGAGCUAUGCCAACAAUGACCAGAGCAGCGAUUGUGAAUGGAGCACAGUUAGGCACUUACAGUAGAGCGAAAAUGAUGUUGAAAGAUACAGGUUUAUUUGAAGAAGGCAUAUUAUUGUCAUUUUGUUCAGGGAUGAUAUCUGGUUUUGUAAUGACUGUAACAUCACUCCCUGUAGAUGUAGCUAAAACUAGAAUACAAAGUUGGGCUUUACCGUCGAAACCACCAGGAAUUAUUACUGCAAUUAUUACCGUAGUAAAAACUGAAGGAAUACCAUCGCUGUGGCGUGGAUUUUUGCCAUGUUAUAGUAGAGCAGCUCCACAUGCUGUGGUUACCAUGGUGUGCGUCGAUAAGUUGAGACAAACGUAUCUUAAACUUUUUCCAUCAGCAUGA